AAAAGUACCACAUCGUUUGAAUUGUCAUAUUUUCAGAUUAUUUUAGCAUUUUUCUCCACAAUUGCUGUGAAAACUGUGCAUUUUACUAGUUUAAGAAGUUAUAUCCUCACCUCGUUAGAUAUGUUAUCGACCUAUGUGUAACCGCACUUGAGUUUUCUUUUUCGGAAUGCUUUCAAAUAAGUUGAUCGGUUCCCAGUGCUGGAGACCGCUGCACGGAACCAGCUAUCAUUACAUCAUCCACAAGCACUACUACUCAUCCCAGCGGAAUGACCAUUCGUCACCGGACAAGCAGCAGAAUGAGUACGAGUACAUCACCCUACAGCAACCGGUAUCCAGUCAACACCAGGCAACGCGCUCUCCCCUUUCCGGCAGCAAUAUUGCCGUACGCCGAGUUGGCCUGAUGGAUUUAGCCAAAAGCAAACUGUACGAUGCUCAAACAUUCUAUGACGACUUUAGUGGGAUGAGUGAGGUAAAGACUGCCCAAAAUAAGGUGAUUGAAAUACAGAACCAGCUGCAGCUGGUUCAGGAACGUAGGCGGCAUAUUCUGCUGGAGCUUACACUGAUCCGCAAGCAGAUGCAGGAUAUUCAUGUGGAACUGCAGAAAACGGUUCGGGGCGAGCAUCGGUACGUGGAGUUGAUUAAGGAGGAGUUUGAUGUGAUAGCCCGGGAAAAGGAGAAAAAUCAAAUUUUUCAAAUUGUUGAUCAGGAAGAGCGUGAAUUGUUCUCGCACCUGACCUCAGCGGUAAAGACAUCCCACGAGAAGGAACGAACGCAGGCGAAUAAUGUUAAGUAUUGGUCCAUCAUCGGUUCAUGUGUGGGGGCAUUGCUUGGAAUUAUUGCUACCUCUAUCAACUACUAUUACCGGAAUACUCAGUUUGAGACAAUCAAGAAAACUGGCCGCGAAAGUGUGUCCAUGUUGGAGGGGGUGGACAAGAAGUUAUCUACCCUGGGGGAGAACCUAGAUUACAUAAAAGAGUAUGUAAGUGCACGAAAGCUCGAAGAUGAGAAGAUUCGCUUCGCAGCACUGAAGGCGAAUGAGAAGCAGCAGAAGAAGAGCACGGCCGGUGAAGGGUGGGGUAGUUAUCUCAAAAGGCAUACGGUGCGGGUUUAUAGAUUUUUUAUACCAAAUAGAAACAGAUAGUGGGAGGGCUAGAUGAAUUGUAUUUAGGCUAGCUCAAAAGGUUUCAAUAAAAUGUUUGUAUAUAAAAGAA